GAAGAAGCAAAAACCAGUGCCGAGGAAGAGGAGGAUGAGCGAGAGACCAGUGCCGAGGAGAGAGAGCCCAUGGGGGUUGCCGGAAGGAGAUAAUCGGCAGCCCAAGGCUCAUCGCUGCAACGAUCGGGUCGAAGAUGUGAUCCAGGCCCUUUUUGAAGGAAACCCAUUUAAGACGGUGCCAGGACCUUUUAAACUUUUUUGGCAGUGCAUGCGUUCCAAGCCAGGAGAGGAACCAACAGAACCGUUUACGUACUUGGACUUGGAACCACCAAAGAGAGAAGUAAAACUCGAGUAAAGAUACAGUUCUCUCAUGUUUCAUCUUUGGACAUUUCACCUGUCAUUUACUUUUCAAGUCUUUCAUUUUAUGCAUUUCCCUUAACAUGUAGCAGCCAUAAUGUUUUUCAAUAAAGGACACAAUGCAAUAAACCGAUACCCAGAAUUCCAUGA